AUGGAGGACACCACCUUGCAAAUCAUCGAGCCACCCACUGUUUCUGAGACCUCGGAGGAGCAAGCGCCCGAGGAGCCCAUCAAAACAGACCAGAUCAACGGCGUGAUGGUGCUGACCCUUCUGGACAAGAUCAUCGGAGCGGUGGAUCAGAUCCAGCUGACCCAAACACAGCUGGAGGAGAGACAGCAAGAGAUGGAUAGCGCAGUGACCAGCAUCCAGGGAGAGCUGACCAAGCUGACCAAGGCACACACCACCACCAGCAACACUGUCAACAAAAUGCUGGAGAAAGUGCGCAAGGUGAGCGUCAACGUGAAAACAGUGCGGCAGAACCUGGAGAAGCAAGCCGGGCAGAUCAAGAAGCUGGAGGCCAAUGAAGCGGAGCUCCUGAAACGCAGGAACUUUAAAGUCAUGAUCUAUCAGGAUGAAGUGAAGCUCCCGUCUAAACUGAGCAUUAGCAAGUCCCUAAAGGAAGGUGAAAAGCUGGAGAAGGAAGGCGAGGGUGAGGAGGUCCCUGUGGGUGAGGACCAUGCAGAGGAGGACCACAUCCAGCUCUCCUCAGAUGAGGAGGUGGAGAUUGAGGAGAUUAUCGAAGAGUCACGGGCAGAACGCAUCAAAAGGAGCGGCAUGAAAAGGGUGGAUGACUUUAAGAAGGCAUUCUCAAAGGAGAAGAUGGAAAAGACAAAGCUAAAGACCAAGGAAAACCUGGAGAAGACCCGCCACAACUUGGAGAAGACCCGCCACAACCUGGAGAAGAGGAUGAACAAACUGGGCACUAAAAUUGUGACUAACGAAAGGAGAGAGAAGAUGAAGAGCUCUCGGGACAAGCUGAGGAAGUCUUUCACCCCUGACCACACCAUCUAUGCCAGGUCCAAGACAGCCGUCUACAAAGUGCCACCCUUCACUUUCCAUGUCAAGAAAAUAAGAGAGGGUGAGGUGGAGGUGAAAGCCACAGAGCUGGUGGAGGUUGGUGGAGAGGAAGGAGAAAAUUCAGAUCUGAUGCGUGGGGAGAGCCCUGACAUGCACACACUGCUGGAGAUCACGGAGGAGACUGACGCGGUACUGGUAGACAAGAGUGACAGCGAGUAGGACAGACUGCAGAGCACAAGGGUUGUGGACAACAGCUGAACACAUUAUCACUCAGAUUUCGAGCUCUCCCUGCCCUGGAGCCCCAGGGAAGUGUACACGAUGCAUCCUUCUUACCCUGCAGAGCCGACGCUGAUCCCCUGCCUGCUUGUACAAGGUGUAUUUUAUAUUUUAGUUUUAGCACAGAUACAUUAGGAACACGGAACUGUUUUUCUUACACUACUAAAUCAUCCUUGGAGACCAUUCCUGCUGCAGCCUUCUUGCCCUGCACCUGAAGAUGGGCUUUGAGUGACAGAGCCCUGACUGAGCUGGAGAGUGCUGACCCCAAGACAGUGGCUGUACAGCUGAAAGUUCAAGAGUCCUCCAUAAGAUAAACCUGGUGUCAAGAAAGCUUCCUGCAAGUAGCCCACCAGCUCACACCACCCAGCCCCCUGUGCCAGGCUGCACAGCAAGAAGACUCCCAGCACCCAAACCAGCUGCUCCUUUCGGGGGACCAGAGGAACUGGGAUGCAGUUGGUGCAUGGGAGGGAAGAGCUGAGCAAGUCCUGUUGAUGGGCAGUGCAUGGCAAAGCUGAGCUGAUGUGGGACAGGUGGGGCUGCUCCUCUCUGCCCUCCCAAGGACUGGGUGAGCUUUGCACAAAGCCAC